AUGGAGCGGCCGCGCGGCGAGAACAUGCCAAGUGCCAGUUGCAUGCAGUUGCAAGAGACGCGCGAAGCACAGGCUCCGACAGUUGCGCCAACCGUGGCGGCGUGGGAUGCACAGGUAGUGCCCGCGCUGGACAAGUUUAUGCAACUGUCUGCUCAGAUCGGCGGCAAUAUCCAGCAGCAGGCGGAGCGAGUCCACACCGCGUUUGCAUCCACACGCGACGCUAUAAUGAUGGCUGGUAUAUGCCAGCGCCCUGCAGAAGGCGCAGCAUCUCCUGUAUUUAUGGAACGGCUCAAGCCACUGCAGGAAAAGCUCAUGAGCGUGGCCACGUUCCGCGACACGAACCGCGGCGACAAGCACAUGUUUAAUCAGAUGAGCACGAUCAGCGAAGGGAUUCCCGCGCUUGGCUGGGUUGCUGUAGAGCCAACACCUGUACCGUACAUUGGUGACAUGAAGGAAAGCGCCGAGUUCUACGCAAAUCGCGUGAUCAAGGAGAAGAAGGAUACGGAUCCCGUCCAGGUCGAAUGGACACGCGCAUUCCUGGGAUUGCUGACCGAGAUGCAGGCCUAUGUAAAGCAGAAUCACGCUACUGGGCUUACGUGGAACAAAGAUGGCGUAUCGCUCGCGUCGUACAAUGUGCAAGAGACGCCAGCUGCGCCAGCACCACUUGCAGCCGCACCAGCGCUGAGCGGCGGCAUGGACGCUCUAUUUGGUCAGAUCAACAAGGGCGAGGGCAUUACGGGUGCCCUCCGCAAGGUUGAUCCGAGCCAAAUGACGCACAAGAACUCUGCCUUGCGUGCGGACAACCACGCUCCACCGCCGAAGCCACAGGUCACGACGAAACCGACGAGCUUCCGCCAGAAGAAGCCGCCCGUGAAGCAGCUCGAGGGCAACAAGUGGAUUAUUGAGAACUAUGAGAACGAAAAGAUUGUGAUCGACGAUACAGCGCUGAGCCACACGGUCACUAUUGUGGGGUGCGAGGCAUGCGUGAUUGAGGUGCAGGGGAAAGUGAAUGCCAUUUCGCUGCUUUCGUGUCGCAAAACAUCGGUGCUCAUCGAUUCGCUUGUGUCCUCGCUCGAAGUCACUCGAUGUGCCUCAUUCACCGCACAAAUUAACGGCUCGACUCCGACCGUUCUUUUGGACAAUGUGGACGGCGCACAAAUUUACCUGUCCGAGCAGGGCAUGCAGACGGAAGUGGUUACUGCCAAGUCCAGCGCACUGAAUUUUAGCGUUCCCGUACCAGGCAUACCCGGAGAGUACGAAGAGCUCGCGCUGCCGGAGCAGAUCAAACACUCGUUUGCGCGCGCGGGCGACAAGGCAAAGGCCACAAGCAUCGUCGUCCACCAUGCAGGCUAG